AUGUCAUCCUCUGUUCACUUCAAGUUCAAGUCUCAAAAAGAGCCUUCAAGGGUAACUUUCGACGGGACCGGUAUUUCUGUUUUUGAAUUGAAACGUGAAAUUAUCAAUCAGAGUAGAUUGGGCGAUGGGUCGGAUUUUGAAUUGUCUAUUUACAAUGAGGAUACAGGCGAAGAGUAUGAUGAUGAUACCACAAUCAUUCCCCGUUCCACUUCUGUUAUCGCUCGGAGGUUGCCUGCCUCUCGGCCUGGCAAAGGCGGCGCUGCUCGUUAUGUAUCUGGGAAAAUGCCCGUUAGCGCUCGCAGCGCGCCUCGUAAUGAUGCUUCAAUGUCGACCCGCGCUAUAUCAAAUACUAGCAACACAGUGAGCAACAGCGUUUUAGAGCUCAAUAACGCGCAGACAGAGGAGGAGAAGAUUAAUGCUCUUUUCAACCUGCAAGCUAGCCAAUGGAAAGAGCAACAACAGGAGAUGGCAAAUGCUACACCUGUACCCUUCGGUCGUGGGAGAGGAAAGGCGGUCAAUGUUCCUGAUCACCCGCCGCCUCCUGGAUAUCUUUGCUACCGCUGCCGGGAAAAAGGCCAUUGGAUCCAAGCGUGUCCGACUAACAAUGAUCCAAAAUUCGAUGGCAAAUACCGAGUGAAGCGAUCUACUGGUAUACCACGCUCGCUCCAAACGAAGGUUGAGAAGCCGGAAUCGUUGGCACUCGAUGGGUCGAAUGAAGAUCUUCGAAAUACAGGUGUCAUGGUUAAUGCUGAUGGUGAUUUCGUCAUUGCGAAGCCAGACAAAGCAGCUUGGGAGUUGUACCAGGAGAAGGCCAAAGCUUCUUCAGCAGCGGCGGCAGAAGCGGCAGCAGCGGAGUACAGCAAAGAAUUGCAGUCCUGGGGUUUGGAGUGCCCUAUUGAUAAACGUAUGUUCCUAGAGCCCACUAAGACACCAUGCUGCCACCGAACUUACUGCAAUGAUUGUAUUACCAAUGCAUUGAUUGAGAGUGAUUUUGUUUGCCCUGGCUGCGCCACAGAAGGUGUUUUGCUUGACAAUCUUUCGGUGGAUGAUGAGGCUGUUUCAAAAAUCAAAGCCUUUGAGGAUGAAAAAGCGGACUCGAGAAAAGAUACGCAGAAGAAUCUCACAGUGCAUGAUAACUCAUCCAACAGUAAAGGGUCUGAUUCAGAGAGAACAGUCGCUGGGGAGAAGGAGCCAUCAUCGUUGCCGUCAGUCAACGGCGCUCUGGACUCGGCUACGAAGAAAAGAUCAGCGGACGAAAAUCUUCCGAGCACCGACCAUGAAGGGUCGAAUUUGAGCCCGUCGAACAAGAAGCAAAAAGCUGAUCCGAUUGCUCAGGCGGGCACCGUGUCGACGAACCUACAAACUCAGGAUUCUUCGAAUGAGGUCUCAUCCAUCACCCACGACCAGCCAAUGCCUUUUGGGUUUGGCUUCAUGAAUCCGCAAAGCAUGCCUACAAUGCCAUUCACUGAGGCUGGGUUCAUGGGCGGAGGGAUGGGGUUUAUGAAUCCUUUGGGCCUUCCUACAAAUGGUUUCCCGAAUAAUUUGAAUCAAGCAUGGAAUCCAAUGAAUAAUCUGGGAUUCGAUUCCCUUCAGGAUGGCCUUUAUGGUAGUCAACAGAGUGGUGCAAUGAAUGGCUACGGUCAAGCAAACAUGUACUCCAACAUGGGAAAUGCCUCGAUGCAAAUGAUGGGCAUGAGCCAGAUGGCGGGGCCAAUUCCCCCAAAUGCGGGUUUUCAGCAGGGACCAGGCGUUGGCCACUUCUCAAAUCAACAACGGACUUCAUUUAGCUCGCCAUUCGCGAGGGAAGAAGACUCCCCGUAUUUCCGACAACCUGUCAAUCCUCAGCGACACCAAGGAAGACACCGAAGAAUAAGACCAAGCGAUUAUCGUGAGUUAUAA